AUGAGGAGGAGGAGGAGGGGAGGUGGAGGAGGUGGAGGAGGUGGUGGCUCCUCCACCUCCUCCACCGAGGCUCAAAAGGCUGUUUUGUUCCCUGUCGCUCUCCUUUCGUUUGUGACCCCUGUACCUCCCUCCCUGUCUCUCUUCCUACUGUCUCCCCCCAAACCCCCUCCUCCGCUGGCUGACACCUCUACCAACACCUUCUUUGCCUGCUUCCUUGGUCCUUUGCACUGCCUCCCCUGCCCCCCCUUCCUCUGCCUACUCCUUCGCUGCUGCCCUUGUCUCCUCAAAAAAACCCUCCCUCCAUCCCUCUGCUUCCCCAAAACUGAACUCCUGGGUACUCCUGACCCCUGCCUGCGGCUCUGUCUCGGGCUGCUUGUUAGCCCUUUCCUGGUCCCUGUUUGUCACUUCGUGGUCGUGGGCCUGCUCCGGGUGACCUUCCGCCCGGCUGCCGCUUCAAAUACCUACGCCCCUGGCCUCUUCCCCUCCCCUCCUUUCCUCUUGACCCCCUGGUGCCCUCGGCCCAACUGCUCUUUGCCCUGCCCUGCUGGACUCCUGGCGUUGGCUCGACUCCCUUUCCUUGCUUUCGGGUGUGCCUCUGGAAAUACGCCCCUGGCACCUUUCUGGCCCCGACAGGCCGGUGCUACACCCGUACGUGGCACCCCACCCGUACCGGACCGUCGGUCCGGGGCCCCGAACCCCCCCUCCGUGUGUGCCGUCUCUUCUCAGCUCCCCCCCAACACCGUGACCGUUGGGGGGGGUGUGUGUUGCCAACCGCCCGGACUGCCUCCCCCGGGUACCUGCCGGGGCGCGCGCCGGGCCGGAAUCUCUUACCCCGGUUCCCGUGUUCAACCCGUGCCGAGGUACCGGCGCCCGGCCACCCGGGGCGUCACGCCCCCCACCGGCGCAGUUUACCGAGGGCCCGCCCCGCCUCGGACACUGCUGGCCCCGGCCCCCCCCUCGUCCCCUGUGCCUUGCCCCGUCCGGCGGCCGUCGCUCGCGUCCGCGCCGCCCCGUUGCAACGCUCCGGCUCCCGGCCCCGUUCCUGUCGCGGCGACGCCCAGUGCCCCCCCUUGCUUAGCCGGGCCGUGUCCGCGCACUGGGGUAGCUUUACCCCGGCAGGAGGGUUACGCCGGGUGCUAUAUUAUUAAUAUAUUAUUACGGUGCGCCCACCCCGGCCUCCCGCCGUCGGACCGGUGCCCGCGUGCCCCCGGUCCGGGCACCCCCCUCGAGUCUAAUAUAUUAUCCGUCCGCGGCGGCCGCUUCGGCCGCCUCCAGCCCCGUUGCAGGGUUGACGCGCCAGCCGUGUCGUCGGGGACCACACCGGCGGCGUCGGGUCUAUUCGGCCGCCGGCGACCGUCAACACCACGGAACACGCACGCUUCCGGUGCACGGGCCGUUCACGGUCGCAACCAGGCGUACACUGUCACCCACCUUUUCACACCGCGAACUCGGCCAAGGGAUGGACGGCCCCGGGCACCCCCCCGCUCCACCAGGCUCCCCCCCGGAAUUAUAAUUCGCGGCACCGCGUCGUCGGACCCCGUGCCAUACCCACCAGGGAACCUCCCCCAGGAGCCCGCCCCACCCGGCGGACCACGUGUACUCAGGCUCUCGUCCCUGUUCUCGUUCCCCCCCGUUGCCCCAGCGGGUUGCCGACCUCCACGCGGCGCCACGGCCGCACGGCCCGGCCGGCUACGGCACGGCACGGUAGCCCCCCGCCAACCCCCGAACACUGACGUGCCACCCCUGGCCCGGACCCCCCUCCUGUCCCGUCGCCUGUGGGGGACGACGGGUGCCCCCCUCCGGAAUCCCUGGCCUACCCCUCCGGCCCAACGAUCCCCCCGACCGGACGGGGGCGACAGGCCUCGCUGCACCGACCGCAACCUACGAGACCCGAGGUUCGGGUACCCCCUACCCCACCGCUUUCCCGUCGGAACCCGGCCGCACUCGGUCACAAACCGGCUUUCUCCCCCGUGUAAACCGGGGCCCCGACUCGUCCGGGUCCACCGCCCCGGCCGACGUUCACCUGCGUUCUUCCCCUCCCGGGGAGUUGCGGGUCCGCCCACCGCGUGCGGGAACGGCCGCUCGGGCCCGGCCUCUUGGUGGGGAGCUGCCUCUCACCCCCUGACCCCUUUCUCCCCUGCCCCUCCGCCCGGAACCCCCCCCUGUUCCCUUUCCAUGUCUACCCUUUUCCUUCUCCUCGCCCUCUCCCGUCCUCCCUGGUCCCCCACUUACCUGUCCCUUCCAACCCCUUUCCCUCUCUUUCCUCCGUUGCAAACGCCGGGCUCUGACUGCAACUUCACUGUCCCUCUCGUGAGAACUUCAAAUCCUCUGUCAACCUGCUCAAACCUAGAUUUCCCUGCCUGUCUCCAUCGCUCCUCUUGUGCCUCCCAUCUUGGCCCUCCCCUCACUCCUGGCGGUGGUGUGCUAAAAUACUGCCUCUCUCUUCUCUACUGGACCCCCUUCCCUUCUGGCCCGGACUUUCUUCUUCUGCUGUUCUUUCCCUUCACUUGCUGUCAACUCUCCUCCCUGCUCCGUUUGCUCCUCUUGUACUUCUUCUACACCUCUCACCCCCCUCUGCUGCUGUACGGCCUCCUAACCCCCUGGCUUCCGGGCUGCCCCCCUGCCCCCCUGGUUGCCCCACACUCAACUCCUGCGUUCUUGCCUGCUGUUCGUUCUGUGCCCACCCCCUUGCCUCAUACCUUCUUUCUUUUCCAACCUACUCCUGACCACCUGAUUCUGGUGCCUGGCUGCCCCCUCAAACUCCCCCUGGCCUACUACCUGCCCCUUCCUCCCUCCCUUCUCUACCUGCCCCCUUCUGCUGUUACACCCUGCUCUCCCCCCCUACUGAAAACACCCUUCACACCUCCGCCCUGUCUUCCUUCUCCACACUUGCACUACCUCCCCAAAAACCCUACUCCCUCCUGUCCUACCCCCCUACCCGCCUGCCCUGCCUCCCCUUCUAACUUUGUGUCCUUUACCUCUGUCUCCUGCUUCCCUGGUCACCUACGCCUGCCUGCCUGCUUCGUUUCCUGCUUUUGGCGCUGCCUCUGCUGCCGGUUGGAUCCCCCCCUCCCUCCUCCCUCCAUCUCACACCCGUACCCCCCGUCUCGGGCCGUUGCCAUACCGUCACAUUCUGCGGCCGUCGGUCGUACCCUCAAUAAAAACCGGGCCCCCCACCUGCCCGUCCCAGUACCGCCACAGACCGACGCUCCCACUCUUUGUCUUCCUCUUACGGGCGGGCCGCCCCUUACCCUACUGAGCCUGGGCGACCGGCUUCGUCGCCGGCCUCGUCCCGGCGCCCCCGGCGUAAACGCUGCCGGUGCCGUGGGCGCACGGGCGGCCCGGACGGCCUGCCGGCGCGCGCCGGUAAAAAAAACCCCUCCCGGGCCCGGCGCGGUCGUGCUGCUCGGUCUGGCAAAAAAACUGACGGAACACCCGGCGAUCUCGAAACGCUGGUUUGAUCCGGGUCCCGUCUCGCCCCGGGUGCACCCCGGUCCGUCGGCCCAAUAUAUUAUUCAUCCCCCGCCAGGGGCCACGCAGCCGUCCCGGAAACACGCGUCGAUCCCGGGCACGCCGAAAACCCCCGAACCUGGCCUGAUGCGCCGCUCAUGGACACCUGGGUCUGCCCGUCGAACGUCCCUGGUCCUCCUCCCCUACUGCUACCUCCCUGGACCUCUGCCUCUGCGGCCUCCUCGCCUCAACCCUGGCUCCUCUCACCCUCUACUAUCCUGCACCGUGCUUUACCCCGCUUGCUUGGCUGUGCCUUACUACUACCUCUGCAACCUUUCUCUGGUCUCUCCCACCCUGUUCCUGCCUCCCUCACCCCUCCCCCCUGCGGCUCCCUUCCCUCUGCCCUGCUCUGCAGAGCUCCCCACUCCCGCCUACUUGCUGCAUACCCCCUCCCUUCCCCCCUCCCCCCCCUUCCUGUCAACUUCCUGCCUCCCCCCCACCCCCUGCUGGCCCCUCUGCCUCCCACGCUGCUGGCCCCUGCUGGCCUGCCGCCUGGAUCCGUACCCCUCCCCCUGGCAACGCCUCACGCCUGGUGCGCUGCGACACGCCCCUUGCACUGCUCACCGCCGGCGGUCGGUCCCCCUCGUCCUGGGGCCCCUCGCCGCAGACCGCCCGCCACGCCCAUCCCGGAACGCGUUUAGCCGCGGCCCACGGGCAGGAGGGGGGAGCGGGGAGCGCCGGGCUGACUGGACGUGGCUCGGCGUUGCGCGUCCGUCCCACAACGUAAACUAUCUGCGGUUUCCGGCCCCACCGGUCUCGGCGCCUCCCCGGGGCCCGCCGGCGCUUCGGUUACUACAGCCCCCCUGUCGGUACGACCCCACUCAACCCUCCUCCGGCGGUCCCUCCCUCUACUCUGGCCGCCAGGGGCGGUGCCCGCCGCCCCUCCCCCUGCUUUGCCCGGCCUGCUCCCUUCUGGCCUGGCGCAGGUCGCUGGCCUCGGAGGUCUGCCGGGCGAAGGAGGACCCCCGGCGAGCGCGCUUUUACCUCGCGAUUACGGCCAGGCGACAGUCAGGCGGGACGGUCCACAACCGCCCUCCCAGCGUCGUCCGACGGCCACAGCCGGGGGGCCAGGUGAGGGGCCGGCCGCCCGGCCGGGGACGUUACGGCGAGCGAGUUCCCGGUACGGUCAACGGUGCCUUCGGUCCGGGGGGGCCUCGGCUCCAGCCACUUCCGGCGAGGUCUCGGAUUGGACCCAGGACGGGACGUCCCGCCGCCGCGCUUGACGUUCAACACCGCACCGCCAGGUCCGGGCAAAGCAGUCCGGGGGGUGCUGAAACUGUGGUCGUGGUCUCCGCCUCGGGUCGGCGCGGGCUCACAGUCCGGCCCGCGCCAUCCAUAUCAUCGGCCCCACCCGUCCUUUCCCCCCCGGGCCCCCGGGAGUUCCCGGACGCAGGGAAUUUUAAUCGGGAGGUGACAGGCCCUUCUACGUCCGCGGCCGGGUGGGAGGACGCCGCAGCUUUUUUACAGGCGGCGAUUAUACCCCAAAACCGGCCGGCGGUAAGGGGUUCCGACUACGGCCUGAUCCCGGACGACGUCGGAGCCUUCGCCCCCCAGCAGCGGUUGUGGCCGCGCGGGGCACCACCGGGCAUCGCGAAUCCGGGCCGGUGCCGCCGUCCCGGGCCGGCGGGAGUCGGGAACCAGGACCGGCGGCCUGUCACCCCCGGCGGCUCACCCAGCCCGCCGGACGGCCGGGUACGGGUCUUAUCCCCGCGGCCGCGCACCCGGUCCUGGCCCGGCCCUCGCGGGAUCGGGACAUUCCCUGCAGUGGGGUUAUCCACUAAAGAUCCCCGCCGUACGGACUCGUGCGCCGUCCACCGGCGGCACCGCGGCGGUAGCGCCGAACCCGCCCCCCGUGCGACUUGCGCCUCCCCCGUCCGGAAGCCCCUGGAGACCAUUCGGCGGCCGACCCUCCCCCCACGCACGCCCACCCCGGGGGCCCGGAUAAUAUCUAACCCCGGCGUGCCCCGAGCCCACCGUCCCCCCGCGAGCGGCCGGUCGCCGGGCCCCGCCCAGCCGCCCCGCUUGGGCGCCCGCGGGGUGGGCCCAGAGCCCUACGCCCCCCGGCCCAGGGGGGGGAGCGGCCACCCCCUGAAAUCCCCCGGCGGUCGGCUCCGUGGCGGGCCCCGACCUUCGACCGCCUCAAACCCACUCGCUGUCCGUGGUGAAACUCCCCUGGCCCCCGUUCUCCGCACUCGGGCCGGUGCUCGGACGCGGCGGCUUCCCGGGGCCUCGGCGUGGGGCACGGUGGCCCCGGCAGUCUCCCCGGUUACGACGGCGCGUGGCCGAAGAGGGUGGCGGCACGGGCGUGUCCACGCUGGCACGGGCGAACCUACAGCCUCGAAGGAGGCAGGGCCGUCCAACAAACUAAACCCCGGACCCCCCACCCUGACCUUUCUGGCUACCUCUCCUCCCCUGUGUGCUGGAACCCUCUCCACUGUCCCUGGCCUGGGGGUUGGCUACCGGGUCCCUGCUACUGUGGCCUCCGGCCUGCCUCCCUAA